CAAUUUCAGACAAGUGGUCGCACCUAAAAAGGCAAAGAAUUUGAUUUGCAUUUCUUUAAUUAAAUCGGAAUUUUGCGUUUUCGUUAAAAAGUUUCAGAAUGUCUGCAAAAGGUACCGAACCAUUUACCGAGGGCAUAGAGGCUGCCUUCAAGCGUCACAGCCAAUUAGUUCCCGAGGUGAAAAAGGCCUACGAGGAAGCCAUUGCUCAAGUUUUUGCGGAUCUGAGUCCGGACGAUCUGGCUCCCUUUGCGGCCAUUCAAGCAGAGCACGGGGACACUUACUUGGACACCGAUGAACUGGCGGGUGCCAUGCGCAGCAAAAUGACUAUUAUAUUAAGCAAAUUGAACCAGCACUUCUUCGACAGCGGCGAUGUGGAUGCGAAGCUAGUUGAACUGGAAAUGCUUAAGGAAAAGUUUGCCCCCUACGAGGGCCACAACUGGAACGUCAACCGUAUGUCGCCGGAGGAGUACACGCGUCCGGUGCGCAUGCGCCUGCUGGAUUCCAGUAUCCGCGUCUUGGAGAGGGAGCUGGCUGCACAGGAUAGGUUACUGGAGGUUGCUAAGGCCAGAGUCCAAGUUAACCGAGAGCACUUGCAGAGCAUGCAGAACGAACGCGCUAAAACGACCGCCGCUUUGGAGAAGCAGAUAGUCCAUAACACGGAAAUGGAGCCAACCUUGUUGCAGCUCGAGCAGUCGAUCAAUGACUGCUUUUUGCCACCAGACCUUGAUCCUCUAUAAUCCAAACCACAAAUAUUGUUCCACAUUAAAAAUUUACAUUAUUACAUAAAUAUAUUAUGGUAUACAUAUUA